AUGUCGAGAAUGCAGCUACAGGGGACAACUACCCUUCGUGCACUACAGAGUCUGCUAGGAGGGAUCCGGAUCUGUCAGAUGGAUCUCCCGGGUUGUUUACCAACCGAUAGUCUGGCAGUUAUCAGAGUCAUCGGCGAGCAGGGGGUUAAAGAGAUCCUGAGCGAUUUCGCCCGACCUGACCGGAAUUUGAAUCGAUCCCGGUUCGAGUUAUUCUCAGGCGCAAAGUAUAUCAUCUUAGGUAGUCAUUUGGGACUGUUGGUCAAACUGGAUCUGUCUAGCCUUCACGUCAAAAACACUAGAGCCUGGUACAGUUACAGACUGAACUUCAUCGACGUUGCAACGUCACAAUCACAUACUGUAGUACAAGGCGGUUAUGUCAAGUUCCAGUGUGGAAAUGUGUGCCCAUAUGUCGCAUGUUCUGCACAUCUAGCGAUCUUGCUCCAGGAGCUUGGCGAUCAGGCAUUCCGUGUACAGGCCGCAGCUUGGAAAUUGCUGCAACCGCAGGAUCCAGUUGACGACAAGUACCUCGGACCAUCAGCAGUGUACAAAUGGGACCAUAAUCAGAACGACUUCUUUGAGAGACCCACCAGAAACAUCAAUCUUCUCAGAUACAACUUUCUCAACAGCUGUCGUCUAUCUCUAGCAGGUCGAGGAUUAUUGGAAGGAUUCUGCGGGACUACGGCGCUACCCGGAGAUUCGGUGCUGAGGAAUAACUGGGCCGAGACUGGGAGGGUCGAGGUAUUUUGGCACGUCGGUUUGAAUGGCGGGCUCAGGCUCUUGCUCUCGAUUGAAUCGUCUUCGCCAAGAGGCUCAAGGACGGAGCGGACGGAGCGAACCGUGGCCAUGUGGACACUGAACCCCGAGUCACACGAUGAUACCACCACCAUUGAGUCUGGUGGUCGUACUCAGAUGUCAAGGUCGAAUUACGGAGCGAGUACCGUAGAGGAGGUAGAAGCAGCAGAGACAUCUAUUGGCCAGCGGAGUUCAACUGUUUCCAACUUGAUGCACGCGAUAUCAUGUGCCUGUCUGAGCUUCUCGGGCAAAUCCGUUUGUACGGUCGUAUCUUAA